UUUCACAAUUAUCACACAUAUACACUUUCUCCUUUCCUAUGUAUCGACCCAGCAGUUCGCCCGUUAAUUACACACGAUCGCUCGUCCUCGCAUUACGCGCGGACGAAUCGUUAAUUGGAAUCAUCCGAUGGGCGACGGAUUAUUUAUCGCGAUGGAUCGUGUGAUUCAUUCGCGAUAUACACCUCAUAUCGGGCGGUUUAUCGCACGAGUUACCGCGUUAUUAUGUAUCAAGUUACACCAACCGCGUUCCAUCCGCGAUGUUUUGAAAAAACGUUAAUCGAUUGUGUAUCGAAGAGCCUCUGAGCAAUCGAGUGUCGGUCGAUUGUCGGCGCGAUACCACAUGGUAACGGUGGUAAAAUGGCUUCGCCUAUUCCCUGUGUCGCUGUGAGAGGAACCACUGGUAUAAAUCUGGCACAAGGUCCACCGUCUUAUGAAUCGGUUAAAACAUUUCCUAAAGAUGACAGCAAGACUUGUAAGACUAUGCUCUUUAGCCCAGACGGCAGAUACUUUGUGUGGGUCAAUGGAGUUAGUAUUAAAAUUGUACUUUGUGAAAGUUGGAAAAUUGUUGCUGAAAUUGCACGACCUAAAGUCUGUGCCAUUCAGUUUUCCACUCAAAGUACAUAUCUUGCAACUUGGGAACCAUCCUUUGUAACACAAACAAGCCCUCAGGGAACACAAAACCUUCACAUAUGGAAAUCUGAAAAUGGUGAGCUAGUUCACAGUUUUGUGCAGAAGAAACAGAUAAAUUGGGAGCCACAGUGGUCAAGCGAUGAGAAACUUUGUGGUUUAUCAAGCGGUGGGAAUGUUCUUUUAUAUGAAGAUAACAAUUUUGAUAGAUAUGUACAUAAGAUAAGUGUAGCCAAAGUUGCCAAAUUUAGUAUAGCACCUGGAACUGCUCCAUAUCAUAUUAUCUGUUACAUGCCAGGAAAACCUGGUCAGCCUUCCUUUGGAAGAUUAUUUAGAUAUCCAAAAUUCGAGAUCGGAGAAUCACUUGCAAACAAAAGUUUCUUCCAGGCAGAUAGAGUUGAUAUAUAUUGGCACCAGCGUGGAACAAAUGCAUUAUUAAUGACAAGUACUGAAGUUGAUAAAAGCGGAGCGUCGUAUUACGGGAAACAGUCGUUGCAUUAUCUCAAUACAAAAGGGGAUACUGCUAUGGUUAUGCUAAGUAAAGAAGGUCCUAUACAUGCGGUAGAGUGGUCUCCUAAGAAUACCGAGUUUUGUGUCGUAUAUGGAUUUAUGCCGGCUAAGGCAACGUUGUUUAAUAUUAAAUGCGAAGCUGUGUUCGAGUUUGGCACAUUACACAGGAAUAGUGUAUAUUACAACCCACAUGGCAACAUUUUGCUCUUGGGCGGAUUCGGCAAUCUUAGAGGUGGCAUUGAAUUAUGGGACAUUGCUAACAGAAAACUUAUCGCCAAAACUGACGCACCAGACACUACAUUGCUUCAGUGGUCACCUGAUGGUGAGCAUUUUGUAACAGCAACUACAGCACCCCGACUACGUAUGGGCAAUGGGUUUAAGAUCUGGCAUUAUACUGGCUCACUAGUAUACCAACGACCAUGGAAUAACCAAGAGGAGCUGUGGGAAGUACUUUGGCAAAAUUUCCCUUCAAGUACCUUUCCACAGAAACCUAUCAGUUACAAAGCCGUGGAUGGUAUCGUCAGUAGUUCUAGUCAAUCGCAGGCAUCAAAGGAAGCGUACAGACCACCGAGCGCCAGAGGACAAACAAUCACAUUCAAAUUGCACGAUGACAUAGAACCACCUUCCAGGCCAAAUGCCGAAUCAAACCCAUCGAAAGCUGCAUUGAAGAUGAAGAAAAAUCGGGAAGCGAAAAAGGCUAAGAAGGAGUUAGAAUCUGGCAACUCUGCUGUUAAUGGACAAGUUGCAAGCACAACGGCUAUAAAAACGGAAUUGACCGAUGAUCCAGAAAAGAAUAAAAAGAUAAAAAAAGUGAGGAGCAAAUUAGAACAAAUUUCUAAAUUGAAAGAACAACUGAAAGCGGGAAAACAAUUAGAAAUCAAUCAACUAGAUAAGAUCAAGAAGGAAGAUGAAUUGCUAAAAGAACUCGAAGAACUCACCUUAUGAUGAGCCAUCCAAGUCUCGAACAGGAUGAACUGAAUAAACAGAAUUGCGAUAGAAAAUACCCUUUCUCCGCAAUAACAUGAUUGCAAGAGGAACAUUUUUAAGUCUAAAUCAAAUUCGUCCUUUGUGAUAAAAAUUGUGACAAAACAGCGGGAUUCUAUUACACAUUGUCGAAUAUGUUUAAGCUUGAAUCUCUCAAAGUAAUUAUAAAUGGGAAUAUUGAAAUCAGAAGAAAGGAUGAUUGUGAAUAAGAUUAGAUGUUCAUGUAUAUUAAUUUUAAUUAUAUUGAUAAAGAAAAAAUUUGACUAAAAUAGUGCAAAACAGCACUAUUAGAUGAUAACAUUUAGUAAUACUACUACAUCUGAUAAAAGGGUACUAUUAAAUAAUUACUUUUAUUAUAGAGCAAUUCUUGAUUUUGGUAAACAAAAAAUUUGAUAAAGAUAGAGUUAAUAUGGUGUCAAUUGUCAUGUUACUAAUUUAACCAGACAGCUUAAUCUAUUACUUACAACGUGAUCGUACUUAUCUGAUAACGCCAGAUAAUAUUUGAUUAUCAGAAAAUUUAUCAGAUCUUUUUUCAAUAGGUAUGUAUUGCCAGAAUUAUGAAGAUAUUGAAAAUGAAAAUUUAAGAACAUUA